AUGGAAGUAAAUAUUACCGCAUUUAUUGCUACUGCAGUAUUCAUUCUAGCUCCUAUUUUACUUAACUAA